AUCACCCAGCUCCGCUCCUCCCCAGCUACAUCACCAGCUAAUCCAUCACUGACCCAAAAAGACUCUAGAGAUGGAGUUUUUCAGCCACAUUAUUUUAGGCCUUCUCGUACUCAUAGCUUCUGCAUUCUCCUCAGCCAAUGCAGACAAGACUCACUACCAUGAUUUUGUUAUUCAAUCAACUCCAGUGAAGAGGCUGUGCAAGACCCAGAAUGUGAUCACUGUAAAUGGGAUGUUCCCUGGACCAACUCUUGAAGUCAAUAAUGGAGACACUCUGGUGGUCUCUGUUGUCAACCGAGCUCAAUAUAAUGUCACGAUCCAUUGGCAUGGUGUAAGGCAAAUGAGGACUGGAUGGGCAGAUGGGCCAGAAUUUGUGACACAGUGCCCAAUUAGGCCUGGAGGGAAAUACACCUACAGGUUCACUAUUCAGGGACAAGAAGGGACACUUUGGUGGCAUGCUCAUAGCUCUUGGCUUCGAGCUACUGUUUAUGGAGCUCUAAUCAUUCAUCCAAGAGAAGGAUCUUCAUAUCCAUUCACUAAGCCAAAUCGUGAAACCCCAAUAAUUCUUGGUGAAUGGUGGAAUGCAAAUCCCAUUGAUGUUGUGAGGGAGGCAACUAGAACAGGAGGAACACCAAAUGUUUCUGAUGCGUAUACCAUUAAUGGUCAACCUGGUGAUCUUUACAAUUGCUCCAGCCAAGAUACAGUAAUUGUCCCUAUUGACUCUGGCGAGACCAACCUUCUCCGAGUCAUCAAUGCUGCAAUGAACCAACCUCUUUUCUUCACUGUUGCCAACCACAAGCUCACAGUUGUUGGUGCUGAUGCUUCCUACGUAAAACCCUUCACCACCACUGUCCUAAUGCUAGGACCUGGCCAAACCACCGAUGUUUUGAUCUCUGGCAACCAGCAAUCUGCUCGAUACUACUUGGCAGCACGAGCAUACCAAAGUGCGCAAAAUGCUCCAUUUGACAAUACCACAACUACUGCCAUUCUUGAAUACAAAUCUGCACCUUGUGCUGCCAAAAAUUGUUCAUCAAGCAAACCAAUUUUGCCACCUUUACCAGCUUAUAAUGACACAGCUACAGUCACUGCAUUCAGCAAUAGCUUCAGGAGUCCUAAUAAAGUCCUAGUCCCAACUGAUAUUGAUGAAAAUUUGUUCUUCACAGUCGGUUUAGGGCUCAACAACUGUCCACCCAAUUUUAACAGGUCCAGUCAGUGUCAAGGGCCCAAUGGAACGCGCUUCACAGCAAGCAUGAACAAUGUAUCCUUUCAACUCCCAUCCACUUUCUCUAUAUUGCAAGCUCAUCAAUCAAGAGUACCAGGAGUUUUUACCACUGAUUUCCCUGCUAAGCCACCUGUACAAUUCGAUUAUACGGGUAACGUGAGCCGAUCUCUCUGGCAACCAGUUCCUGGAACUAAGGUUUACAAGUUGAGGUAUGGUUCAAGGGUUCAGCUAGUGCUACAAGAUACAAGUAUUGUCACACCUGAGAAUCACCCAAUUCACCUUCAUGGAUAUGAUUUCUAUAUCAUUGCGGAAGGGUUUGGAAAUUUUAAUCCCCAGACUGAUACAUCUAAAUUUAACCUCGUCGACCCACCUCUCAGAAACACAGUUGCAGUACCUGCGAAUGGUUGGGCAGUCAUCAGAUUCGUGGCUGAUAACCCAGGUGUCUGGCUAAUGCACUGUCACCUGGAUGUUCACAUCACCUGGGGACUGGCCACGGCUUUCUUGGUAGAGAAUGGAGUUGGAGAAUUGCAAUCUAUAGAGUCUCCUCCAGAAGAUCUGCCUCUAUGCUAAGAUCAAUCAUAAAAACUUAUCCAUUAUUAUUACAUGAAAUCAAUCAACGCUGAAAAUAGCUGUUGUUCUCCAAGUGUGUGAGUUUAGUAUUGUUUUCCCUGCAUUUGGGGAUAGUUUCUUGCUCUGUUUCAAGGUUCUUUUAUAUAGAUAAAAGUGGGUAUGAAAAAUCUGGUGCUGCAGUGCAGAUGUAAAACCAGGAGCCUGCUAUAUUUCUCGGUUCAGGAUGUACUUCUUUUCUCUUAUAGCUAAUGUUGAAAGAAGAUUCUCCAUUUCUUUCCAA